AUGACAUACGACAAGCUAAGCAGAGCGUUAAGGUAUUAUUACACGAAAGGAAUUAUAUCAAAGGUACGUUUGGUUGCAAAAAAAGUAGCACUGAAUCAUGAUACCAGGGAGUACUAAAUCGGUUGAAUAUCACUGAAGAUCAUCACUGUUCUAAAUUGUUACCCCAAGUUCAAGUUCAUUUAUUCACACUUAUUAAGUUACAAUACAAAAACAAUAAGAAAAAAAAGAAGUAAAAACAGAGCUAACUGUACGGCAUUGAAUUAAACAUAACAAAAGAAAAAAGUGCUUCGCAGUCAAAGGAGUCGUGAUUUCGAGUUGGCUACUACCUCAGAGCGGUUACAAGUAGGUGGAGUACGCGUUAAACUCUCCAUCCGCCAUCUUGAACCAUGAACGAUCCCCAGUCAUGCUUGCAGAUCUUUGCAGAUUUUGCAGAUUUUUCGUGGUACAGCAAGAAAGAUACUAAAUUCGAUGUUGAGUAUCACAGAUUCGGAAUAUCCUGUAAAAAAGGAGCAGGUUAUAAUACCAAUCCGAAUAUAUUUUUGAGUGCGUAAUUUUGUAAUCCAAAAAAGGGAGGCUGAACACAGUUUCCCUAGAAAUGCUUUAUCCCUCUACCGUGCACUUGAAAAUCUUUUAAUGAGGACACAUGCAGCCGACAAGCUUUUAAAGAAAAAAAGUGCGAGGACAAGCUGAGGAAAUUGUCCAGAAGUUGUCAUUAGAAUUGUUUCCUGUUUUCGUCGCCUUUGAGGCGAGCUCGUUUUUCAUCCCUCCCCACAAACGCCUGCUCAGCCGGAAACAAUAUUCCUUUCCCAAUGUUUUAUUUGCGUGGUAAGUGACCAAUAAACAGUUGUGCAAUAAAGUGUUGACAGGCUAAACGCGACUAAAACAUGACCCUAGAGUUACCAUUUUCGUUCUUUUCUUUCCUUCGUUAAGGUUAUGAAGUGCAUGGAGUAUUCUAAAAUUUGAUGAAAUCUUAUUUUUGCCGCUCUGAAUCUAACAUUUAUUGGAGGUUAGAAAAUUUUUCCAGUGUUUCAUGCAGAUCGAGUAAUUAUCAGAUUACCUUGCGGUCAAGGUCAACUUUCCAGAAUUUGGAAAGUACAAUGUGAUUGGCUAAGCAUGGGAAAGGAAUGUUGUCUUCGGUUGAGCAGGCGUUUGUGGGAAGGGAUGAAAAACGAGCUCCCCAAAAAACGUUUGCGUGGGAGGCUAGAUCUCAACGCGCACAAGUCGAUUGGAAGCAAUAUGAGAGCGCUUGUUUUGUUAACUUUCAAGAUAGGCGAUGUAAAUAAACGACAAUCUCUUAAAAUCUACACCUUAAAAUGUGACGAGAUUUGGUAGAAAUAAUGUUUCUUUCCCUUUCUAAUAUAAUCAAUGAAAGCCUCAAAAUAAUUUUGAACAAAGGAGUUUUGUGACAUAAUCAAGUUUUCCUAACGGAAUGCUACUUUCAUAAAAAAUUCUAAAACUUUUUAACAAUUUGGUUAAGUCGUUUUUGCGUAAACCUCAUCAAUUUUGGUUUGUUUCAGUUCAAUUAUCCAUGUUGCCUUGGCAACGAUAGAAAUUUUACGUUCAACCUUUUAAAAGUAAUAGAUGUAUUUUGUCUGUGUCAUAUUUCAGUGAAAUUUAUGCUAGCACCGAGUCUUAAAAACACCCCAAUGUUUGGUAUUAAAAUGUUCCACAACGUAUCAAACUGUGCUCGGCCACCUGAACAUUUUUUUUUACUUUUAGAGUGAGUCAUGGUGGUAGUCGUUUUUAAAACUUUUGUCCGGGGCACAAAUCCUUCUGUCUUAGAAUUCAAAUGAAACCGUUCCAACAGUUUCAUUUGCAUAUUAGCACUUCUUGCUUUUUGGAUUUACAACUUGAUUAAAAAAUAAAAUGAAUCGGUAAAGCUUUUAUUAUUUGUGUUGAAUUGAUUUUGGUUAUAACAAAAAAAAAAAGCUGAGAGAAAGAGAGACACACGUUGAAAGAAAUAUUUUGUCGUUAACCCGGCUUUUUCAACAGCCAAGUGCAUUAAUUAAGUUACUUUUUUACGUCAUUCUCGAAUACUUGUUUAUUCCGAUGUACGGUAUACAAGGCCAUAAAGCAGUGUAAGAUCCAGGCCCACUUAUUUGGGGUCAAGCAAGUUGAAUAAGUAAAGCCUCCGUUAUCACUCGGCUUUUAUCUUAUACUCUUUUUAAUAAAAUACCUGGACAUCUUGAUGCUUAGUUCGAUAUUCAUGUGCCUUUGAAUGAUGUAGAUCACUGUAGUUAAGUGUGUCUAAGAGCUUGUGUGCACGCACACCUCACCUUCUACAACGGUUUCUAUCACAAAACUGUCCUCGGUGAUGUUUCGUAGUGAAUGGCACCACAAAAUAUCAGAUUGAGCCUACACUUAUCUCCACCCUCAAUCUUACUGACGCCGAACUUUUGCCUUGACUGCUGUCUCUAUAACGAAGGCUCGGAGACAUCACUUUCUUUGCUAUACACUAUGGUGUACAGAUAGGGUUAGCCGACAAAAGUUUAUGAAUCAAACAAAGUUAUGUUAUGAAUACACACCGAUGGGUAAUAUAUUUUUGUUUCUUGAAGGUUCAGAAUCAAAGGCUGAUGUACAGGUUUCACAAGCUGCCCUACAAAUACGAACCAGGCGUAACCCGCUCACGAUAUCAUGGACAAAGAAUCAGGGCAUGUUUAGGACAAAAUGGAUCUGGUGUCACGGCGUCAAAGCUUGACAAUCAUGAGACCAGCACAUCAUUUGGGGACCUCAUUGUAAAUAUGAAUCCUUACAUUGUGGAUCAUCGAGUGAGAGCAGUCUAUUCAGCCCCUCCCAUGACAGACAAUAACUGGCCAAGCGAAUUUACUUGCGUUCCCGAUCCCGUCGGGCUAAGAAGAUUUUCGUGGUCGUUUCCUCAAACACCGACUCCUUCGUAUUCCACACUGUGGAAUCCAUGCCCCGAGCUUCAAACGCCACCAUUCUAUGGAAGGUCGAAGAUCAUGUUCCCCAGCGUCAACAAUUCUGGGACGCAACCGGUUAAACUAGUUGGACAAAAUAAUUCAAGUGUUCAUAAAGCAGGGACAAUAGCAUCGUCAAUCCCGGUGUCUGUAAUCAAACGUACCUAA